CUGCAUCCAUCUAUAUGACAGCGAACGCACCAAACCAAUGUGAAUCGCUGGCAUUUAACUAAAGCCGCCGCCCCCUUUUCCUCACUCUCCGCUGCUUUCCUUUUUUUGGAUUGACUGCGACAGCUGCCAAUGUGUAGCUCAUCUUCGUAAAGUUAGGACAACACCGAAGGCAUGCCGCUGGCUCGCAGCCUGUCUGUCACGUCCCUGUCAGGGCUCGAGGAGUGGGACGAAGAGUUUGAUUUAGAGGACGCAGUUCUUUUUGAAAUCGCGUGGGAGGUUGCUAACAAAGUUGGAGGCAUCUACACCGUCAUCCAGACCAAAGCCCGUCUGACCUCAGAGGAAUGGGGGGAGAACUAUUUCCUGGUGGGUCCCUAUGUGGAGAGCAACGUGCGCACUCAGGUGGAGCUGAUCGAGCCUACCAACCCCACGCUGAAGAGGACCAUUGAUAAGAUGAACUCUAGAGGGUGUAAGGUCUACUUUGGGCGGUGGCUUAUAGAGGGCAGCCCUUAUGUUGUUCUGAUUGAUGUCGGGUUCACCGCGUGGUCUCUGGACACCUGGAAGAGCGAGUUGUGGGAGCUCUGUGACAUCGGCGUGCCGUGGUUCGACCGUGAGGCCAACGAUGCUGUGUUGUUUGGCUUCCUGACAGCCUGGCUUCUGGGAGAGUAUGCAGCCCAGUGUGAGGAGCCUCCACACAUCGUGGCCCAUUUCCAUGAGUGGUUGGCUGGCCUUGGCCUGGUGUUGUGUAGACAAAGACAGCUGCCCAUCGCAACCAUCUUCACCACUCACGCCACACUGCUGGGACGUUACCUGUGUGCUGGAAAUGUGGACUUCUACAACAAGCUUGCAGACUUUAACGUGGAUAAGGAGGCAGGUGAUAGACAGAUCUACCAUCGCUACUGUUUGGAGAGGGCAGCUGCUCACUGUGCCCAUGUAUUCACCACUGUGUCACAGAUCACAGCUAUUGAGGCAGAGCACCUGCUUAAGAGGAAACCAGACAUCGUCACUCCCAAUGGGCUCAAUGUGAAGAAGUUCUCUGCUGUGCAUGAGUUUCAAAACCUCCAUGCUCAGAGCAAGAAUCGGAUUCAGGAGUUUGUCAGGGGUCACUUCUACGGACACCUUGAUUUUAACCUGGACAAAUGUUUGUUCCUCUUCAUUGCUGGACGAUAUGAGUUCUCUAACAAAGGGGCUGACAUCUUCUUGGAAGCUUUAGCCAGACUCAACUAUCUACUGAGAGUCAAUCACAGUGACGUGACCGUCAUUGCAUUCUUCAUCAUGCCAGCUCGGACAAACAACUUCAAUGUGGAGACCUUGAAGGGCCAAGCAGUCAGGAAACAGCUCUGGGAUACUGCUCAAACUGUGAAGGAACGCUUUGGAAAGAAACUAUACGAGUCACUUCUAGUUGGACAACUGCCAGAUGUGUCGAAGAUGCUGGACAAAGAGGAUUUCACCAUAAUGAAGCGUGCCAUCUUUGCAACUCAGAGACAAUGCCAGCCCCCAAUCUGCACCCACAACAUGCUGGACGACAGCAGUGACCCCAUCCUUAACUGCGUCCGACGUAUUGGUCUUUUCAAUAGCUCUGCUGACCGUGUCAAGAUUAUCUUCCAUCCAGAGUUCCUUUCGUCCACCUCUCCAUUGCUUCCAAUGGAUUAUGAAGACUUUGUGAGAGGCUGCCACCUUGGUGUCUUUCCGUCUUACUACGAGCCUUGGGGCUACACACCAGCUGAAUGCACAGUCAUGGGAAUUCCAUCAGUCUCAACCAACCUGUCAGGCUUUGGCUGUUUCAUGGAGGAACACAUAGCAGACCCCUCAGCAUAUGGAAUUUACAUCCUGGACCGGCGGUUUAGAGGGGUGGACGAGUCGUGUAAUCAGCUUACUUCCUUCCUGUUCCAGUUCUGCAAGCAGAGCCGGCGUCAGCGGAUCAUCCAGAGGAACCGUACUGAGCGUCUGAGUGAUCUCUUGGAUUGGAGAUACCUCGGCAGGUAUUAUAUAUCUGCCCGUCACAUGGCCCUGGCAAAGGCCUUCCCUGACACCUUCGUGUACGACCUUCAUGAGCCCACCUCAACCUCAGGCUUCCGUUACCCCCGACCAGCCUCUGUGCCACCUUCUCCAGCUCUGUCCCGUCAUUCCUCCCCUCACCACAGCGAGGCCGAGGACAACGAUGAAGACGAACGCUAUGAUGAGGAUCUGGAGGCAGAAAAGGACCGGGUGAACAUCCGUCAGCCCUACACUCUGCCAUUCAAAAACAAGUCUUCUGCUCUCCACGGAGCCAAUGGAAACAGUGAUGGUGUCGUGAGCGAGAAGAACUGAGACAAGUGCACAUACACACACACAGUACAUGCUAAACCUCAGUAGGGAAACUUUUAUCUGUGGCAAUCGUUAAAGUCAUCCGGUCACUCAGAAACUUUAUAAAUGAUGUAGUUGUGUGAAUGUUAUUGAUAAAUUUAAUAUCGGCUUGUUGUGAAAAGUUGCAACACUGUCAGUGUCUUCCAAGCUUGUGUGUACCUCAGAAUUUUUAAAUAUAUCUCUCAGUUGUUUUGUUAUUGUUUCAGUCACACCAGCAGUACAACCAGUGGUUUUCUUCGUGAAGUAAAAUGCAGCAGUUAGAAAGGGCUAAACAACCGCUAAACAUGGAAAUCAAAUCAGGAUUGCUGGAUUUUGUAGUGUACUAACACUGGAUAACAUAGGCCUGAAGCACUGAAAAAAUAACAGGAUUCAGGAGUCUCUGGAAGGGUUUUUAUACUUGAUAAAAACCCACAAAGUUGUUUCAGAGCAGGGAAAACAUAACCCUUCUUUUUACCCGCUUGUCAUCUUUACACACUCAAAGCAGGAUCAGCUGUUGUCCUGGUUAAAAAAAAAAAAGCCUAUGUAAAGAGAGUGUCAGUUGCUGUGAGGAUCCACAAAGAGCUUCAGUUAUUUUUACUUGUAUUCAACUUGAAAGGUUGGUUCACCCCAAAAUCAGAAAUACUUGUUUUCCAGUUAUCUGUAUUACUAUUUACCCACCUGAAUUGCUUUGAUGUGAGAUGCAGAGUUUCGGACGUAUCAGCUGUAGAGAUGUCUGCCUGCUUCAAAUGUAAUGUUGCAAAAGGGCACUUUGUUUGUCUGAGUUGAAAAACUCACAAAUGCUUCUUUCAAGAAAUUAUAACCUUAUAACCUGGUUACUCAAGAUAAUCCAUAGUCCUUGUUGCAGUUUCAUGAAGGAAUGUUUUCUACCAAACUACAUCCCAACUAAUGAAGCGAGCUAGCAUUACAGCUGAGCUGAGGAGGACGCCAUCAUUGUUUUUAUCUUUCUUUGCUCUCACAAACAUUAGUAUCUUUAUUCCAUUCAUUCUAGUUCCAUUCUGUUCAAUAGACAUUUCUACAGCCUCUAUCUUCAAAACCUGGCAACUCACACCAGAAUAAUCUAGAUGGAUAAACUACAGAUAAGAGGAAGAAUGAGUUUGGGGUGAACUGUCCCUUUUAAAAGUGUCCCAACUGUCCACCUUGUGACAUCUUCUUUCUCUUUUCUUUCAAAUGCCUUGUUUAUCACAAACUAUCCCAGGAUGGACAUUAAAUGUAGAACAUACACACACAUACACAAUGACAAAUAGUGUCAGCAAACAAAAAGCUGAUGCUCAUUUUGACUGCCGUGUUGCACGUGUGUUUUCAUUUUCUGUCUGCGCCUUACUGUUUCACAGCCUUUCAGUGCUGAUUGCCAUGAAAAAUCUCACAGUCCUUUUUUCUGUUUGUGUGUGUGCUUGUGUGGAAGUGGUUGUUUCUGGGUUUCCCUGUUUUGGCAAGUAUUUAUUUGUGCAAGGAACAGAGAUGAGAGAGAUGGCAGAGAACAAGAAUUGAGAUGGCAACCGUGUUUUUAGGUGGACUUAAGAGAAAGGCCUGGAAAAGGAAUUGUGGUACGUUUUGACUGCUUGUCUGUUAUAGAAGAAGGAAAUAGUUUUUCCAGGUGUGCACUCACACUCCCUAUAAGAGUUUUAUCAUUUGUUACAAUCUUGCACCAGAUGAACUUAUAAUAAAGAAUAAAAAGUAUAUACCUGUUAGUGUUUUACAAAUGA